AUGGCCCUCGCAUCCAGCUCGUCCUACGUCUGCGACACCCUCCCCGCAGCGCGCAUCUCCGACCCGGCCUCCAAGUCCCGCUCGCCCUCCCCCGCGCCCACCAGCACCACCUUCGAUCUCCCCACCCUCUCUGCGGACGACGCCUCUGCCAAGUGGGAUGACAAGCAGGACACCCAGGACGCCGAUAGGGAUACAGAUGCCGCCUCGCGGUAUCUGCAGCCCCCGAACCGCAAGCUCUGCAUUAGGCAUCAGCGCAUGGCCGACGAGGGCAUGAACUUGAAGCUGCAGCAGUCGCUCGACGCCCUGCCCGUCGAGGAGCGCGAGGCCGUCAACGCCGUCUGGUCAAAUUUCUCCUCUUCGCCCCACCCCCGCCGCGAGCUCAUCCUCCGCGGCAUCCUCACCAUGUGCUGCUUCUCCCAGCUCUCCCUCCUCACCGAGCAGCUCACCUUCCUCAUCCGCAUCGACCCCUUCACCGCCCUGCCGCGCGAGGUCUCCCUCAAGAUCCUCGGCUAUCUCGACGCCAUCUCCCUCUGCCGCGCCGCGCAGGUCAGCAGGCGGUGGAAGGGCCUCGCGGACGACGAUAUUCUCUGGAGGGGCAUCUGCGAGCAGCACAUCGGCCAGAAGUGCCGCAAGUGCGGCUGGGGCCUGCCGGUUCUCGAGCGCAGACGCACCAAACGGAAGCACGACGAGAGCCUCGGUGAGCAGCCGCAGCUGAAGCGACAGCGCUCGGAAGCGUCGCGCGUGCUGGUCCCAGAGUCGCUCCACGGCGUACCAUUAUUGCAUGCGCCCUCACCGACUCCAAACCCUGUUCGAUCUGCCUCGAUCGACAGCAGCAGCACUGUUCCUUCCCCAUCCGCAUCGCCCUUUCAUCGACAAUCCUCAGAGAUGAUCACGCGUCCUUGGAAAUCCGUCUACAGCGAGCGCCUCACGGUCGAGCGCAACUGGCGCCGCGGCCGCUGCUCGGUGCGCACGCUCAAGGGGCACACGGACGGGAUCAUGUGUCUGCAGUUUAGCGAGACGCUCACCCACCCGUCCUUCCCGAUCCUCAUCACGGGCUCGUACGACCGCACCGCGCGCGUCUGGAACCUCGAGAGCGGCGCCGAGGUGCGCUGCCUGCGCGGGCACACGCGCGCGGUGCGCGCGCUGCAGUUCGACGAGGCGAAGCUCAUCACGGGCAGCAUGGACGGCACGCUGCGCGUCUGGAACUGGCGCACGGGCACGUGCAUCCGCACGCUCGCGGGCCACACCGCGGGCGUCGUGUGCCUCCACUUUGACUCGAACGUGCUCGCGUCCGGCUCGGUCGACGCGACGGUCAAGGUCUGGAACUUCCGCAACGGCGAGUGCUUCACGCUCCGCGGGCACCGCGACUGGGUCAACGCCGUGCAGCUGUGGGACGCGCAGCCGCGCUCCGCGUCGUCGUCCGCCGGCGCGUCAUCGUGCGUGCCCGCGUUUGACCGCGCGCGCUCGCCGCCGCCGCCAUCGUCCGCGGCGCACGCGAGCCACAUCGACGCGGGCAAGAUGCUGUUCUCCGCGUCGGACGACGGCACGAUCCGGCUGUGGGACCUCGCGCUGCGGACGUGCGUGCGCCAGUUCACGGGCCACAUGGGCCAGGUGCAGAGCAUGAAGCUCCUGCUCGACGACCGCUGCGGCGAGGGCGACGACGGCGACGAGGACGGGGACGGGGACGGGGACAACGCGCCGCGCGCGCUUCCGCCGAACCAUCCUGGCUUUGACGCCAUCGCGCCGAGGCUGUCUGCUGACUUUACUGGGGCGGGCGCAAAGGCUGGGGCAAAGGCUGGCGCUGGGGCAGGAGCGGACCGCGACGGCGCGCAGGGCGCAGAGGCGGAGGCCCCCGCGCUAUCGCCGCCGCCCAAGCCGCGCGCGCAGCCGGUGCUGGUGUCGGGGAGCCUGGACAACACGAUCAAGCUGUGGGACAUCGAGACGGGCAAGGCGGUGCGGACGCUGUUCGGGCACAUCGAGGGCGUGUGGGCGGUCGCGAGCGACAAGAUGCGGCUCGUGAGCGGGAGCCACGACCGCACGAUCAAGGUGUGGAGUCGGGACGAGAGCCGGUGCAUGACGACGCUCGUGGGCCAUACGGGCGCGGUGACGUGUCUCGCGCUCGGCGAGGACAAGAUCGUGUCGGGCAGCGACGACGGGGACAUCCGCGUUUGGUCUUUUUGCGGCUGA